AUGGGAGACUGGAAUUUCCUCGGAGGCAUUUUAGAGGAAGUCCACAUUCAUUCCACUAUUAUUGGAAAGAUUUGGCUAACGAUCCUCUUCAUAUUUCGAAUGCUUGUCCUUGGGGUGGCAACCGAGGAUGUUUGGAACGAUGAACAGUCAGAAUUCAUAUGCAAUACUGAGCAACCCGGUUGCAGAAACGUGUGCUAUGAUGAGGCUUUUCCCAUCUCUCUCAUAAGAUACUGGGUCUUGCAAGUUAUAUUUGUCUCUUCCCCUUCCUUGGUGUAUAUGGGUCAUGCCCUGUACAGACUGAGAGCCUUGGAAAAAGAGAGGCAGAAAAAGAAAGCUCAGGUAAGGGUGGAACUUGAAAGCACUGAACUAGAAAUGACUGAAAGCCGGAAGCGGUUGGAGAGAGAACUCCGGCAGCUGGAGCAAAGAAAGCUAAACAAAGCACCCCUGAGAGGCUCUUUGCUCUGCACUUAUGUGAUACACAUUUUCACCAGGUCCGCACUGGAAAUCGGAUUUAUGAUCGGGCAGUAUCUCCUUUAUGGCUUUCACCUAGAUCCCCUUUAUAAAUGCCAGAGGGACCCGUGUCCCAACACAGUUGACUGCUUUGUGUCUAGACCAACAGAAAAGACAGUGUUCAUAUUAUUCAUGCAGUCGAUAGCAACUGUAUCGUUGCUUUUAAAUAUCCUAGAAAUUGUCCACCUAGGAUUCCGAAAAAUUAAAAUGGGGCUCUGUGGGCAGGAUAAAACCAAGGAUGACCUUGACAAUUUCUACAUAAACAAAUCUAAGAAGUACUCCGUGAUACCACGCUCGUCGUUGGGAAUAUCCACCACCCCUCAAAAGACUCUUCCUUCUGCCCUUAGCAGUUACACUUUUUUAAUAGAGAAGCAAAGUGACGCUGCCAUCUACCCGGUUCUAAAUUCUCCUCCCAUGUUUCAGGCUGUGCCAAAUAACCGUACAGAAAGCAGCAGCAAUUACACCCAUCUCAAUCAGGAAAAUAAACUGCCAAAGAGGAGGCCAGCUACAAAUUUCGACAGUCACACUCAAAAUACUAGCACAAACAAUAACGAAAGCUUGCUUGGCGAGCUUGGGACGGAAGCGCGGGAUGCUCCGAAAGAAGCCGAAAAGAAACAUGUCCAUGUUGGUACUCAGAAUGCGGAGACAGCUUGGAGCACGUGCUUGAAAAGCUUUGCUGAAAUGCCGUCUCAAAAUUCACUGCAGCCUGAUACAGCUUGUUCUGUUACCAGUUUGAGAAGACAGCACGGAAUCGGUUCGUUGUGGAACUACUCAGCAGCGGCGGAGAGCGCAGGAGCUUCAACGAAUUAUCUCCCAAAGAACAGCAGCAGAAGACAGAGCAGUUUCAGCGCAAACAAAGCCCAACCUCCUUACAGCGCUGAUGUGAAAAACUCCAGCCGACCGGACACUCCUGACUCCACAGGGGAAGGGAGCUCGGACUCUAAACAAAGUAGAAACUGCGGCAGCCCUCGGCCUUUCUCUCUGUCCAGGCGAGUGUCGCUGUCAAGCAAUGCCAGCAGCAGGCAUGCCCCCACUGAUCUUCAGAUAUAG